CUUCCCCCGCACCUUUCUUCCCACCCAUCAUCUCUUUCAAUUCAAUUCCCCUUUCCGCCAAAAAGAAAAUUUCCGAUCCCUAGAGUUCAAAAUCGCGUUCAUUUUUUCAAUCUUUUUCAGUUCCAUCUCUUAUCGUCACUUAUUUUCCAGCUCAAUGCUCGAUUUUUUCAAUUACUUUUUGUGACACAGCCCCACCGGUUUCCUAUUUAUAGAAAAGGAGGAGAAUUUUCUAGAUUUUUUUUUUUUCGGCCAAAGGAGAUUUUUAGAUUGAAAGGAUCUGUUAUUGUCAAUCGAUUCGCCGAUCAGAUAGGGAGGGGAAAAAAAAUUAGGUAUUGGCUCUAGAUGGCGAUACUGUACGCGCUAGUGGCGCGGGGAUCGGUGGUGCUGGCGGAGUUCACUGCGGCGUCUACGAACGCCAGCGCGAUCGCCAGGCAGAUACUGGAGAAGAUACCAGGGAACAACGAUUCUAAUGUUUCUUAUUCUCAAGAUCGAUACAUCUUCCAUGUCAAGCGUACUGAUGGCCUUACCGUUCUCUGUAUGGCCGAUGAUACCGCCGGAAGGAGAAUUCCUUUUGCAUUUCUUGAAGAUAUUCAUCAGCGAUUUGUGAGAACCUAUGGCCGUGCAGUUUUCUCAGCUGUUCCUUAUGGCAUGAAUGAUGAAUUUUCAAGAGUUCUCAGCCAGCAAAUGGAAUAUUACUCAAAUGAUCCAAAUGCAGAUAGGAUAAAUCGACUAAAAGGAGAAAUGAGUCAGGUGCGUAAUGUCAUGAUAGAGAAUAUUGACAAAGUUUUAGAGAGAGGUGAUCGUUUAGAAUUGCUGGUAGAUAAAACUGCCAACAUGCAAGGAAAUACCUUCCGCUUCAGAAAGCAAGCACGUCGUUUCAGAAACACAGUAUGGUGGAAAAAUGUCAAGCUCACGUAUGUUCUAUUAACUCCUACUUCAAUUUUAUAAGAUUACUUGUUAGAGUAGUCUUGAAAGUGAUAUUAUUUAAUUGCACAGAACCAUUUGCAGUUUAUAGUAUAUAUGAUUUGUAGUUUUGUAUUUAAAAAAAUUGAGGUUUCUCCAUCUUUUAUAAAUUGCUUGCCGAGGUUUUUACUGAUCAGUUUCUGUUCUUAGUAUUCUAUCAGGUCUUUGCCUAAAAAUGAAAGGCUGAACGGUUGUGCUUGUUUGCGGGCAUUCUAAAAUUUAGUCAUUUCUUGAUUUAACAUUCUUGUUGACAAUCAAGUUGGAUUUAUUAC